AUGCGCAAGCUUCGCGUCCUGAUCGUCGGUGCCGGCAUCGGCGGCUGCACGCUCUCCCUCGCGCUCCGCCAAAUCACUGCCCGCACGUUCCCCGCCAUCCUCCAACGCGCUACAGCCGCCGCCUCCCCCUCCGCUACAGCCGCCGCUGCCGGCACCGCCGCGCCCUUACCCCCCGCGUCGCCCGCCGAGUCGCUGUUUGAGACGACGGUGUUCGAGCAGGCGCCGCAGAUCCAGGCGGUUGGCGCGGGGUUGUCGCUGUGCGCCAAUGGGCUGCGGGUUUUGGACGGACUCGGGCUAUAUGAGAAGAUUCAGAACCUGAGUGGGCCCAUCUCCUCGCUGCACACAUACACGGAAAGUGGCAAGAAGCUUCGCACCUUUGACUAUUCAUUCAUGUCCAAGCGCUACGGGUACCCCAUGAUGGCCCUGGAGCGAGCAGAGCUGCAGGGCCUGCUGGUGCACGAGGUCAUGUCAGGCGCUGAGUCAGCAUCCGUACCACCAAUCCUUUUCAACAAAAAGUGCAUCUCCGUGCAGAACCUUGGGCCGGGGAAAGGCGUGCGAGUGCAUUUCGAGGAUGGCACAUGUGAGGUGGGGGACGUGGUGGUGGGAGCAGAUGGGGUGAAAUCAGCCGUCCGUUCUGCUGUCAUGCCACGUCAUGACCCACAUUGA